AGACUCGCGGCCGCCCCGUGCCCUGAGCCCGGCCCCCCAGCCCUCGGGAGCAGGGCAGAGCCCGGGCGGGCGGCGGCCCGGCCCCGCCGAAUUGCUGUCAUGGCAACUCAGGUGCUGGGGCAGUCUGGUGGGAACAGCCUAUUUGCUGGCAAUGCUAACAUCAGUAUGUCAUUGUCUAACGACAUGUAUGAUUUGCAUGACCUUUCCAAAGCUGAGCUGGCAGCCCCUCAGCUUAUUAUGUUGGCAAAUGUGGCCUUGACAGGAGAAGUUAAUGGCAGCUGCUGUGAUUACCUGGUUGGAGAAGAGAGGCAAAUGGCUGAAUUGACAACUGUAGGUGACAGCAACUUUUCAGACAGUGAUGGAGAGGGUAUGGAAGAUACACAGGGAGUGGACAGUGACCGCGAUGAACCUGAAAACAUGGAAUUAGGGGCUCUUGAAAUUCCUAGUGUGGAAACCCAGGGUCCAGCUGUUUGCCCUACUCCUGAGACUUGCAGUCUGGACAAGGACCUCCCAUUGGACGCACCAGAUACUCCGGAGAGUGUGGAGGACAAAUGUAAAAGCUUGAAGAGCAAGCCAUUUCGUUGCAAACCAUGCCAGUAUGAGGCAGAGUGCGAGGAAGAGUUUGUGCAUCACAUUAGGGUUCACAGUGCCAAAAAAUUCAUUGUAGAAGAAAAUGCAGAGAAGCAAGUCCAGGUCAAAGAAUCUGAUUCUUGCACCACAGAAGAGGCAGAUUUCUCUAAGGGGCCUAUUCGUUGUGAUCGUUGUGGCUAUAACACUAACAGAUAUGAUCACUAUCUGGCUCACUUGAAACACCACAACAAAGCAGGAGAAAAUGAGAGAGUCUACAAGUGCACCAUAUGCACUUAUACUACAGUCAGUGAAUAUCAUUGGAAGAAACAUCUAAGAAAUCAUUUUCCUAGGAAGGUGUACACAUGCUCCCAGUGCUCCUAUUUUUCAGAUAGGAAGAACAAUUAUAUUCAACAUAUUCGAACUCAUACAGGAGAGCGUCCCUAUCAAUGUGCUAUGUGUCCCUAUUCAAGUUCUCAGAAGACUCAUUUAACCAGGCACAUGCGAACUCAUUCAGGUGAGAAACCAUUUAAAUGUGAUCAGUGCAGCUAUGUGGCCUCAAACCAGCAUGAAGUAACUCGUCAUGCAAGGCAGGUUCACAAUGGGCCCAAACCUCUGACUUGCCCACACUGUGACUACAAAACAGCUGACCGAAGUAACUUCAAAAAGCAUGUAGAGCUCCAUGUCAACCCACGCCAGUUCCUUUGUCCUGUCUGUGAUUAUGCUGCAUCCAAGAAAUGUAACCUGCAGUAUCACAUCAAAUCCAGACAUCCUGAUUGUUCGGAUAUCACAAUGGAUGUUUCCAAAGUGAAACUACGGACUAAAAAGAGUGAAACUGACUUUUCUGAAAGUGUGAAUGACAAGAUGGAGAAAGAGCAAAUGAAAGGAGAUUCAUCUGAAAAGAAAAAUGAGGGAGCUGUAAAAGUGGAGAAAAAAGAGAGCGUAUCAAAAGAAAAGAAACCAGCCAUCAGUAUUUGUGUAGGUCAGGUGACAACCAGGAGUCGUAAAUCGGCUUCUGAAAACAAGGAUGUAGAUAUUAAAAGUUACAAAAGUACAGAGAAAUCAAGUAAAACAAAGAAGACUAAAAGAAAAGCAGAGGCUGCAUUAGUUUCCUCUAAGCAAGAUCCUGAAAAUGACACACAGACAAUAGCAAAAAAGAAAAAGAAAGUGGAAAAUAAAUCCAGAAACUGUCAGGAAGCUCAAAAGAGUGAAGUCAAAUUGGAGGGGCCUAAAAAACUGAACUCUUGCCUUAAGAAAAACAGAAAAAAGAAAGCUUUGAAGAAUAAGCAUAGUAAGAAAAGCAAUAAACUUGAUCAGGAAAAGAUCCAAGGUGAGGUAAUCCCUGAAAAGUCUCCUCUCCCAGAACAGGGCAAAAAGGGGAAGUCUGACUGUGAUGGGACUGAUGAGCUGAAGGGGCCAGAUCCUGUUGUUAGUCCACUGUUAAUGAACAUUGACAGCCAGAUUCCUGAUGAGGAAAGCCAGACUAUUGAUGGAGAGUGUGUGCAGGACCAGGGACAACUUCUCCCACAGCUUCGGGAUGAAAACAUAGAGCCGAAGGUAAAAGACCAAGAAAUGCCCACUUCAGAGGAGGAGAAUAAAGAAACUGUUUAUCAGAAAGAAGUUGAAGAACAGCCAGAUAAAGAGCAGGCCACUUGCUCUGAGGAGUCUCCUAGCACAUCAUCCUCUCAACAAAACCUAGAUGUGCCAAAGGAUGCAUUACCAGAUUUGGCGCAUCAGCUGGAGCUGGUGAAAACUUGUGAGACAGAAACUGUAACUAAUCCAGAUCCAGUAGAUCUGUCUAAAACAGACUUGCCAGCUGAAGAACCAGCACCACCACCACCACCACAAUCACCAGAAAAAUGUGAGCAAGCCCCUAAAGAAGCUCUGGCUUUGUCAUCUGCAGAUAACAUGGCAGUGAAUGAAUCUCAGGAAAUUGACGAGGACGAAGGCAUCCACAGUCAUGAUGGCAGUGAUAUAAGUGACAACAUGUCAGAAGGAAGUGAUGAUUCUGGGUUAAAUGGUGCUCGAUCUGUGCCAGAGGAAACAAGUAACAAAGCAUCACAGGAAGCUGCAGAGGCCAAGGUUGCAAAGGAGAACUAUGUGUGUAUUUUUUGUGACCGCUCAUUUAAAAAAGAAGGCGAAUACAGUAAGCACCUCAAUCGCCACUUAGUGAACGUGUAUUAUCUUGAGAAGGCAACAAAGGGGCAGGAAUAACCAAAUUUCAGUUUGAUGGCAAGUUUUUCCUUUUGUUUGUAAGAUCUUACACAGUAUGUACAGUUAUUGUAGUCUUUUUAAAACAUGGUUUGCUUUAAUUAGUGUCUAGUUUAAUUUUUUUUAAGUUGAAAAUACUUUUGCCAACGUUUUGAGUAAUGUUGAAUUCAUUAAUUGUUGUAUCUCUUGAUUAAAGAAGGCACGUAGGUAGGGUAUGUGAGGCUGUAUCCUAUUAAAUCAGCAUAAGCCUCUAGUCUGUUCGUUUAUGCACAAAUUAUUUUAUCAAUUGAGUUUUAGUAAACAGACUAUAGCUACACCUGCAUAAUUCAGAUGCAUUUUGAACCAUAAGAACCUUUUUGUUCUUAGCAGUCAGUUUUUCUCAAAUUAAGUUUUAGUUCGAUUAUCUUAACAUAUCUUCGUAUCAACUAUUAAUUGAUUUUUCUACAAGGAAAAUGGCUUCUGGUUCAUAAAAAGAGCACUUUGUAAAACAAAUCAAAUUUGUCUAGAGAUAAACAUAAUCAUUUGAGGAUAAUUGUAAUUUUGAAUAUACGUUUCAAAUCCCCUAAUCAUGAGCAGUAAGCCAAAAUUUGGAAGUAGUAUUUCCAACUUUUGAUGGCAGAACCUGUAUCCUGGUAAAUAUAUUAAUUGAAACUGUAGUUGUAAUUGGCAUAGUUAUGAGGGGAGCAAGUGUUAUGUUUUUUUAUUCUUUACUUUUGAUUGUGCUUUAAGGGCUUAAAAUAUUGCACAUUAUAUUUUUUGAUUUUUUACCUAUGCAGUUUAAUCCUUUAGGAAUAGCAUUUGUGCCGUAUAUGUACACGAUAUAUGCAUGUUUGGUUUUGUUCAUGUAAUAUUUUCUUUAUUUUGAAACUUUCAGAUUUGUUGCUUACCAUGGGCCAGUUUUCUUUGAUACUCUUUGCUACAGCUUUUCUUGUUUUCGUGGGGUAUUAUUGGUUGUGCAUGAAUUUGGUGAAAUUAUGGAGUGUUUGGUUAUAUUUUUUAAGUAGCUUUAAAAUUGUAUAGUUUUUUGGGCAAAGGAUGCUGAUUCAGGUUCAAAACAUUUUGAAUAACCAUAUUCAUGGCAUUUUCAUUGUAUUUUGUCAUGAAAAUAUUACUUCUGAGAUUUGUAAUACUUAUAGUGUAUUAAUGUUAAUUAAUUUAUAACUUAUGAUCACCAAGCGGCAUAUUCAUUCUAGAGGGAAACCGACUGCAUAUUUCUAUAAACCUUGUUUUCUUUUUUCGUCUCCAUUUUAAUGUGGGCAACUCCCAAUCUACAGGAUUAAAACUAAUUGUAGUACUGAUGUAAGUGUAGAUCAUCCAGAUCCAAAAUCCCAUGCACCAAAACAAGACUGGUAAGCAACAAACCUGGAAUUAGGAAAGAUGUAGACUUUUCUGUUCUUUAUUCAUUCAAGAUUUAAUUAAACAAUUAAACAAAAUAGCCUUGAUCUGUUAAAGGUGACAUAAAGAGAAAAUAAAUUUGUGGCCAUAUUAUAAACAACUAGACAAAAAACCCCAUCUCUGCAGCAGGGGAAUCCACGUUUCAUGUCUCUUGGAUAGGGUGCAGCCUCCCUGACUUUUCAGCCCUGAAUGCUUGCUAGACCUCUGUGGAGCAGCAGUUGUGGAUGCAAAUGUCAGCUGAAUAGAGCCCCCAGUGGGAGAGCUCAUCUGCCAAGGCAUUUUUGUGACAAGUCCUCUAAAUAUGAACUCUGCCAAGAAAGAAAAAUAAACUCCUACUGCUCCCCCCCCCCCCCAGGGGACAGCGGAGUUCAUAUUUAUUCUGAUUACUACUUGUUUUGUCUAGAAACAUAACUAGUUCUGGAAACUGCACAUCUGUGUGCAUGAAUACAACUUGAAUGAAUAGAGAACAAAGACAGUACACUGUUUCUGCUUAUGGGGGAGAUUGGUAGUGGACGGCCAAAGAUUUGUGGGUGGGGGAGAUCACUCAAGACAGAAAUAAAUUGUAUAAUGUAUAGAGAGUUUGUGUGUGAUUAGAUAGUGUUCAGUGCUUACCUUGGCUGUGACAAUCAUUGUCAACUGAAGAUCAAGUUGCAACUAUAUUUAUGUUAAAACAUUAAGUAAAUAAACCUAGUUGAAUUGUCUUCCUAAACAACCAGUUGUGAUAGUCUUAGCUAUAGCUUUCUUGUUAAUAGUGUGUUAUCUUUUUAUAUAUAAAAUGUUACCAUCUUGUGUAAGGGAUUUGAACAGAGGCUGGGAAUUCCAGUGACGUGUAGAGGUUUUAUGGAUACCUUCAUAUUUUUUAAAAGAACAAUUACCAUCUUGCGAGAGAUUUCAGGAACUUUAAUUAUAUUCAGAUAAAGUUUUUGGACAAGCCUGGUUUUUGAGCUGGAAGUUAAAAUAUGGCAGUGACAUGAAUUAAAUUUAAACAACUUGCCAUUAAAUAAAAGCAGACUUACGUUUCUCCAAGUAAAUACUGUACACUGCUGGGAAAGGGGCUGGGCUGAAUACUUUUUCCUUUAUGCUCACAGGGACUCCAUGAAAAGAAUAAUGCCUAUAUUAGGCAAUAUUCCUUAUCACAAGAUUUGAAAGUGAAAAUUAAUGUUAAGUAUAAAAAAAAUGUGGAUUCUUCCUACUUAAAAAUAUACUAGAGAUGUGAUCUUUUUGCCUUGAAAUACUUUAGAUAUGAGAAUGAAACCAUGUUGGAAUUUCCAUUUUUCUGAUUUGCUUUUAAUAGAGCUAAACGUAAGAAUUUGGAAGUAUGUGAAAAUAUGUCACUCAUCUCUUAACAAUAUGCUUAGAUGUUGCUAAUGAAUAUUUGAAAUAGGGUGUAAAACUUAGUUAACCUACCUUGUGUAUCCUAAAAUAUGUAUUUUUCAACUCUCUUUAAACAUAUGUACCACAUUGUGUUUCUUUUCCAAGAACGUUAAAUUAUUUUGUAUACUUUGUUGCCAGUACUUCUUCCCUCUCAUAAGGCUUCUUUGGGCAUCAGAACCUUAAGAUGUGGCUGGAGGGAUUACUGCAGGCUUCCAUGUAAUGCUAUCCCACACUUCCAAUCCCAUACUGAGUAACAUGGUGUUUGGGCCUUUCAUAUAUGGAAAUGUACACUCAAAAAGUGACCAUCACAAGAAAUAAUCUAAAAAGUGGAUAACCAGGAAUUUGUACUCCAUGGUAACGUAGUUGCUAUUUCUGAAUUUUGAUAAACUAGGCUGGAACUGUAUAUCCUUUGAACUGACAGGUCAGUUAGCAUCCGAUAACGUUGUUGAUUUCAACAGAGUAAUAAUGUAGCUGAUAAGUGUUAAACCAAAUUCAAGACAUCGCUUGAAUCUUGGUGGUGUAGAUACCUGAUUUACAUACAAUAUUAACUGAAUCCAGGUAGCUAAUGGAAUUGUUUCACAUGUACAUAUGCUUUUUUCUAAAAUUACACUAGCUAACAAACUUUUGUAAGCUGGCAUUGAAACAUUUUUAUAAUGUUUUGUUGCACCAUGUUUGAAGCUUUUACAGUGCAAUACUUGUAUUAUUUUCUGAAUUAAACCAAAGGUAAUUUUUCUCAUGCUGUUUAUCUACUGUAGUGCAUGACAACCUUUUAUACAUUUGUAAUAGAUGUAAAAGAAACCAGAUCACAAGUCCUAUUUUACCUAAACUAUGUACAAGUCUUUUGUCCAAAAUGUAGUGUAAAGUUAAACUAAAUUGCAUUAUAUUAACCUUUAUGAGUGUAUUUUCCUAAGCAUAGUCAUGAUUAAAUAAACUUUAUUAAACUUG